AUGCGUCAUUGUUUUUUCAGUUCCCGUGGUAUAAAUGCUUCAUCUCUGCUUUUAAUUUUAUGUUUGCUGAUUACAGGAGAUGUAUUAUCUGUCUUCGCGGCCGACCCCAAUGAUCCCCGAUUUCGUAUUCAUGAACCAUCAUAUGCCUAUUUGGAUUGUUCUGCCUGUCUGGCCUUUGCGGAGUACUUGGGACGCCGUAUGAACGCCUCACUUGAGCACGGCGGAAGUGGUGCCAGUUUUCUCACUACACACCGACUCAGCGAAACUAAUAAACUCAAACGACAGGCGUAUGCAACAAGUGAGUUGCGUGCGGUGGAGGUGCUUGAAAAGAUCUGCAACGAUGAGCUUGAGGAGAACUUUGUGCUACGACUUGACACAGAUAAGCGAAUCCGCGUGUAUGAGUCGGAAAAGUCUGACCUUCCCUUUGCCCAGCACUACAGUACACAGGACUCUAAGGCACUGAAGGAAACAAGCAAAACAGCUGUACGCUCCUUCUGCACGCGUGUGAUGGGCGAGGAGGAGGAAGCGAUGAUAGCGCUGGUGCGUGAGGAGCAGAAUCUCACCAACGUGGAGUGGCGGCUCUGCGACGGCAGCACCGAUGAGAACUCCACACGACCGGAGUCACUUGGCGAGUCAAUAACAUCAGUGUGUGUGGGCACAGAAGCUAGUAUGAAGGCCGAGUUGGGCCGCAUUCAACGCUAUGAGAAGUGGCAGGAGGGAUUCACCAAGCGGCGGGAGGAGGCCAUUAGGAAUAAGAGCAAUAAAACUGAGGAACCAGUGGAGCUGAAGCCGGUGAACCACUCAGCAAACCCGGAACCAUUCUUCAAGAUGAGUGAUUUGACCGGAGGAAUAAGCGACGACGAUGACGAUGAGGAGGACAUGGAUUUGUAA